GUGACUAAGUGCUCCACUGGACACUCCGAGCUCCAUUCUCUGAGUCGGGGUCAACGCCUUCGGGCCUCUGAGACAUCCCUUGCGGGACCGCAACCCACUUCGUGGAGGGCGGGACCUCGCCGGCGGGAGCGCGCUCCCAAGGCGUCGGCGGCGGCGGGGGUCGGGGCGGGCGGAGGAAGGAAGCAAGGCGCCCUGGGAGCGCGCGAGGCCUCACGUGCGCGCUCCCGCCCGCCAGCCUGCGCACACCGGCGCCCACGCACCCGCCCGCACUCCUCCCGGGAAGUCUCGCGAUGCCGUAGCCGGCUGCUCCCGCUGCGGGUGGCUCUGGCUGUUGCUGUGGUUGCCUGAGUUGCUGCUGCGGCGGCGGCGGCGGCGGCGGCGGUGCUGGUGGAGGUGUCGGCCCUUGGGCGGAUGUUGACAUUGUGUUGUUGUUAUUGCUGAUGAUAAUGGCGGCGGCGGUGACGGCGACGGCCGGGACCCCAUCUCCUCUGUAGCCGGAGCCGAGGCAGCCAAGAUCGAUCUCCGCGGCCUCUGAGCGCGCGGCAGCGACUCCCCUCAGCCUCCGCCUCCUCGCCAGCCCUUAUCCCGGCCCCAGCCCCUGGAGUCAGGCCCCUUUGGGCAGGGGGCCUUGGAGGCUCAGGAUGGCGGAUUUCGACGAGAUCUAUGAGGAGGAGGAGGACGAAGAGCGGGCCCUGGAGGAGCAGCUGCUCAAGUACUCGCCGGACCCAGUGGUGGUCCGCGGCUCCGGUCACGUCACCGUUAGGCUCACGCCAAGCGUGGAGCCCAACGUGGGGUGUGAAUUUACGACCCUGAGAUCAAGACCUGAGCUGAGAUCUAGAGUUGGACACUUUAACCGACUGAGCUACCCAGGCGCCUUGUAUAAUCUUCCUACCAUCUCCACAAAUAAUUCCUCAUCCUUCAGCACCAGUUUUUACCAAUGGCUGUGGAACUCACUCUCUUUGCUUGUCUUCAUCUCAGAUUUGGACUGAGCAACAAAUUUGAAUCAGAAUUCCCUUCUUCAUUAACUGGAAAAGUAGCUCCUGAAGAAUUUAAAGCCAGCAUCAACAGAGUUAACAGUUGUCUUAAGAAGAACCUUCCUGUUAAUGUACGUUGGCUACUUUGUGGCUGCCUUUGUUGCUGCUGCACGUUAGGUUGCAGUAUGUGGCCAGUUAUUUGCCUCAGUAAAAGAACACGAAGAUCGAUUGAGAAGUUAUUAGAAUGGGAAAACAAUAGGUUAUACCACAAGCUGUGCUUGCACUGGAGACUGAGCAAAAGGAAAUGUGAAACGAAUAACAUGAUGGAAUAUGUCAUCCUCAUAGAAUUUUUACCAAAGACACCGAUUUUUCGACCAGAUUAGCAUUUACUUUAUUUAUAGAGACUUUCCAAGUAUGUUGUCUUUCCAAUGGUGCCUUGCUUGGUGCUCUCCUGGUGGUGACAUAACAUUGGUUCUACAGAAUCGUGUGGUGUUUUUUUCUGUUUUUGUUUUUUUUAAAUAACCGCAUGUUCUAAGUGUGCAUUUUUGUCAAACUUUGCAAAUUAUUUCAUACAGAUGUUUAAUACUUAAGUUAUUGUGCUCUUUUCUGUUAUGUAUUCUGAUUUUCAAGGAUUACUUUUUUUGUAUUAUCGAAAAAAUACAUUUGAAAUUAGCAUAAAAAGUGGCCAGCCUUUUUUAUUUUAUCACCAAGGUACACACAGUCCUUUAUUUAUUAAUUCCAUAAUAUAGAAGAACAUUUUUGUAAGGCUCUACUUACCUAUUCUAGCAAGCACACUCUUUGUAUUAUUUUUCUUCCUUUUAAAAUUUAAAACAGUUAUUAUUUUAAAAUAGUAAGUUUUCUUUAAUAGCUUUUUGGAACCUAACAUAUCCUUUCCCAUACAAUUCCUAAUGCUCUGUUUACAGCAGAAAUAUCUGUAACAUUAUGAAGACCUAUCAAAAAUUUUUGACAGUAUUUCUGUCUUCAGAAGUAGUAAGGCAGGAUUAAAUUAUUUUUAUUAGAAUAGACAAAUAAUGAAUGGUAUGCAUGCACCUAAUGGUUACUAGAUCUCAGGAUCACAAAAUACAGUAGCAUUACAAUCUGUGUAUAUUUUUGAUCAAGAUGAUAAUAAUGGCCUUACUUGCAUUAUUUUUUAUUGUUUAUCAAAUCUUAUAUAGCAAAGUAUGGAAAUACUCCUUUUAAAAAUUUCUAAGGAAAAUAUUUCUCCCAGUCUAACAUAAUUGUAGAAUGGAUGUAUGUUUCUGAAAGGUUUUUGAAAGAAAGCAAAAGUUGUAGAAUUAAAAGUAAGCUGGUGUUUAAUACCCCAUUGAUAUUUAGAAGAGAUUAUUACUAAGAAAUGGAGGACGUAUUUAGUACUGUUUUUAUCCACUAGUUCGCUUUCAGUCCAGUUAUGUAUACUUUUUUGAUCGAAAAUGUGACAUAUAAGUUUAAUCAGAUUAGCUUGUUUCUUUUAAAUAUAUACAAACAUACAUAUUUUUUCCUUCCUUUUGUUGUACAUAUCUCCAUGCAUUUUAAAACUUUCUAAAUUUCUGAAUGGCCUAUGUGUAAAUUUUUGUUUUUAUAGACCUGAAAUUAUAAAGGUUUUAAUGUGUGUCAAGAACUUGUUCCAUACAACUGUGGUAUCUAGCAAUAAUGUGAAUAACUUUUGAAAUUAUAUAAACUAUGCUUACUAAUUUGUAUUAAGAAUUGGUACCACUAUACAGUAUCUUUUCUCCUUGUAUUAAAUCUUUUAAAUACCA